AUGCUGACAUACGACGAAGGCAAGUUCGAUAACGCUCAUCUGAAAAGCUACAAUGACACCCUCUUCUGCUGCGAAUCCGACUCGAACCUCUUGUCAGCCGAAGCUUGCCUCAAUAGUUCAUUCCACCUGUCUCCGACUACCGGCACCGUCGCUGCACAGCUACGAUCCGGCAUAGGCGCGAUCACCGUGGGGGCAUCUGCAGCCACGUCGAACUCACCGAGCAGUAGCUCAGCAUCAUCAUCGAACAGUACUUCAGCAUCGUCAUCAUCGAACAGUACCUCAGCAUCGUCGUCAUCGAACGUCACUCCAGGCGCCAUCGCAGGGUUGGCGGUUGAAGGAGUUCUUCUAGCUCUGACCCUGGCUGCGCUCGGUUUCUUCAUGUGGCGUAACAGGUCGCUAGGCAAGAGAGUCAAGGAGGCAGAAGCAGCCGCUGUGGCAGCAAGAGAAGAGUCGUACCAAGCUCAGCAACAGUACCAGCAGCACCACCUAUAUCAACGACCGCGGUGGCAAGGUGAUACUCAACAUGUAGGCACAGUGCCUGAGAUGGCCACCUACGGGUAUGGCAGUCCAGUUGACAGCUACCACACCAAGGCGAGCGAGCUACCAUCAACGACUGUUGGCCCAGAGCUCGAUGGCACAGAGAAGUGA